AUGAAUCUGCGAAAGCGCCUUAACGACCUCAUGACGCUCUUGAUCAUUCAAGCUGUCCACCUUCACAGGAGACCCGACAAUCUCAGUCGCAAGAACAUCUUCCAAUACAUUAUAGGACACCAAAGGAUGAUUAAAUCCGUGCUAAUAUUCAACAACCAUGGCAGACCACGCUUGAUCAAGUUUUAUCAACAAAUUGACGUUCCAACCCAACAAAACCUAGUACAAGAGAUAUUUCAACUCGUUUCCAAACGCCCAGAUACUGUUUGUAAUUUUCUAGAAGGCAGUCAAAUGCUCGGCGGUAGUGACACUCGAGUCAUUUACAGACACUAUGCGACUUUAUAUUUUGUGUUUGUUGUCGACGAAUCUGAGAGUGAAUUAGGAAUUCUCGAUCUGAUACAGGUUUUCGUAGAGGGUCUUGAUAGGUGCUUUGAGAACGUUUGCGAGCUUGACCUGAUCUUUCAUUUCGAAGAAGUGCAUCACAUACUCGCCGAAGUGGUCUUGGAAACGAACUUGAAUGAAAUUGUUAAUGCUGCGAAUGAAUCAAAUAAUAAGGUCAAAAAGCGUGUAGGAGCAAUGGCUUCGAUUACAAAAAGUAGCGCUGGUGCUGUUGCGCGUGAUUUAGGUGCAAAUCUUGCCAACACCGCAACCAAUGUCUUACAAAGCACUAUGAGCGCGACAUUGCGACGUACUGGGUUUUAG